GCGUCCUUGUUCUAUCAAGUCGAUCGAAAACGCGUCCAAGAAUGGAGAAAGCAAAAAAAAGAACUUGAAGUUGUCAAAAACGAUCAUAACUCAAGUAUUGAUAAGGUGCGAGCUCUACCUGGCCGUGGUUCAAAAGCCAAGUACCCCACAGUUGAAAAAGAAUUAUUAGACUAUGUUAAAAAAAAACGGGAAGAAAGGAUGUCGGUUACUACUUCGAUGAUUAGAAGAAAGGCAAAAGAAUUGGGGGAGACACUAAAUAUUCAAGGUGCAAAGUUCUCCUCUGGUUGGGUUGAACGUUUCAUGCGGCGGAAUAAAUUGGUAGAGCGUGUUCGGACACAAUACGCACAGAAGCUUCCAGAAGAUACGCCCUUAGUUGUUAAAGAAUUUCUUCAAACUGCGCGUGAAAAGACAAAAGACAUUGAAAAAAAAUUUAUUAUCUCCUUUGAUGAAACGCCGAUGUGGUUUGAUAUGCCCCGAAAUACGACAAUCGAUUUUGAAGGCGUUCGUGAAGUGCCAAUUAAAACUACAGGAAACGAAAAAUUGCGUUUUACAGUGGUCUUGGGUUAUACUGCAUCCGGUGAAAAACUUCCGCCCGCUGUAAUUUUCAAAUUAAAAAAAAAACCAAAGGGUAGGUUUCCACGAGACGUGGUGGUGACCACAGCACCUUGUGCAAAUAUGAUAGGAGAUUUGAUGAUCUCCACUUAUAUUCCACGAGUUAUUCGUGCCAGGCCGAAUGGGUUCUUUAAGAGUAAAGGUCUAAUCUUCGUUGAUCGCCACAGCAGUCAUAUCCGUGAUGAUGUAGUUAAAGCAUUAAAGAUGGAAGGGUUAGAUGUUCUAGAGAUACCCAGUGGAACUACUUGCGUUUUGCAACCACCCGACGUAUCAGUGAACAAGCCAUUUAAAAAUGGCAUGACGCGAAGAUGGGAAAAAUGGAUGGACGAAGGAAAAGGUGGGCUUACUAAAAAAGGAAACCUCAAAAAAGCAUCAUAUGAGAUGGUAUGCGAAUGGGUUUCUGAAACAUGGAGAGAAAUCAGCACAGAUCUUUUGGCUAAGUCUUUUGAAGCAUCUGGACUUACGCUUAGCCCUGAUGGCAGUGAAGAUGACAAAAUGACAAGCCGUCUCCAAGCUAUUAUCGCAAACCGUAUGAAUGAGGUGUGCUUUUCUGAGGAAGAUAAUGAACCAUCAAAUCAGGAUGGUAUAGAUAGUGAACCAAAUCCUGAUAAUGAGUUUGAUGAUGAAAGUAUGACGGAUGAUGACCCUGAAGAAAUGGACCCUGAAGAAAUGGACAUUGAUGAUGAAUAA